CCGUGGGUGAGCGGGUGGCGGGCGGGCGGCAGCGGCCGGAGGACGCCGGGCUGCGGGAGGCGGCUCCGCAGUGCCCAGGUUGUGGAUCCGCUUGGAGGUUAAGCUUGAAAACAUGACGUCGCCAGCAAAAUUCAAAAAGGAUAAGGAGAUCAUCGCUGAAUAUGACACUCAGGUGAAAGAGAUCCGUGCCCAGUUGGUAGAGCAGCUGAAAUGCCUUGACCAGCAGUGUGAGCUCCGGGUCCAGUUACUGCAGGACUUGCAGGAUUUCUUCCGCAAGAAGGCAGAGAUUGAGAUGGAUUACUCGAGGAAUUUGGAGAAGUUGGCUGAGAGAUUCCUGGCUAAAACUAGGAGCACCAAAGACCAGCAAUUCAAGAAAGAUCAGAACGUGCUCUCACCAGUCAAUUGCUGGAACCUCCUCUUAAACCAAGUGAAGCGGGAGAGCAGGGAUCACACCACCCUAAGUGACAUCUAUCUCAACAACAUCAUCCCUCGCUUCGUCCAGGUCAGCGAAGAUUCUGGGCGCCUGUUCAAGAAGAGUAAGGAAGUGGGAUUGCAGCUCCAGGAAGACUUGAUAAAGGUCCUGAAUGAACUCUACACGGUUAUGAAAACCUACCACAUGUACAACGCUGACAGCAUCAGCGCUCAGAGCAAACUGAAAGAGGCAGAGAAGCAGGAAGAAAAACAGAUUGGGAAGUCAGUGAAACAAGAGGAAAAGCAGACGCCGCGCUCCCCCGACUCGACUUCCAAUGUCAAAUUUGAAGAGAAACACGUCCGACGGAGCUCUGUCAAGAAAAUAGAGAAAAUGAAGGAGAAGCGCCAAGCAAAGUACACAGAAAAUAGGCUGAAGGCUAUUAAGGCAAGAAAUGAAUAUCUGCUGGCUCUGGAAGCAACGAAUGCAUCUGUCUUCAAGUAUUACAUUCAUGACCUGUCUGAUCUCAUUGAUCAGUGCUGUGACCUGGGAUACCACGCUAGCCUCAACAGAGCUCUCAGGACAUUCUUGUCUGCUGAGCUAAACCUGGAGCAGUCCAAGCACGAGGGUCUGGAUGCCAUUGAAAAUGCUGUUGAGAACCUGGAUGCCAACAGUGAUAAGCAGCGCCUGAUGGAGAUGUACAACAACGUCUUCUGCCCGCCCAUGAAGUUUGAGUUUCAGCCGCAUAUGGGUGACAUGGAGUCCCAGCUGUGUGCCCAGCAGCCGGUGCAGAGCGAGUUAGUGCAGAGGUGCCAGCAGCUGCAGUCCAGGUUAUCUACACUGAAGAUAGAAAACGAAGAGGUGAAGAAGACCAUGGAAGCUACACUGCAGACAAUCCAGGACAUAGUCACGAUAGAGGACUUUGAUGUCUCUGACUGCUUUCAGUACAGCAACUCCAUGGAGUCUGUUAAAUCCACUGUAUCAGAAACCUUCAUGAGCAAACCAAGCAUUGCCAAGAGACGAGCCAACCAGCAGGAGACAGAGCAGUUCUAUUUCACAAAAAUGAAGGAGUAUCUGGAGGGCAGGAACCUGAUAACGAAGCUUCAGGCCAAGCACGACCUCCUUCAGAAGACCCUGGGAGAAAGUCAAAGGACGGACUGCUCUCUUGCCAGCGGCAGACGCAGCUCCACUGUCAGAAAGCAGGAUUCCUCUCAAGCCAUUCCCCUGGUCGUGGAGAGCUGCAUACGGUUCAUUAGCAGGCAUGGUUUGCAGCAUGAGGGAAUAUUCAGGGUGUCUGGAUCACAAGUGGAAGUGAAUGACAUAAAAAAUGCAUUUGAGAGAGGUGAAGAUCCUUUAGCUGGGGACCAGAAUGACCAUGACAUGGAUUCAAUAGCAGGAGUUCUGAAGCUCUAUUUCCGAGGGCUGGAGCAUCCUCUCUUCCCCAAGGACAUUUUUCAUGAUCUGAUUGCCUGUGUCACAAUGGAUAAUUUGCAAGAGAGAGCGCUCCACAUCCGAAAGGUGCUUCUGAACCUCCCUAAGACCACUCUGAUCGUAAUGAGAUACCUCUUUGCAUUCCUCAACCAUUUAUCGCAGUUCAGUGAAGAGAAUAUGAUGGAUCCCUACAAUUUAGCCAUCUGCUUUGGGCCAACGCUGAUGUCGGUGCCUGAAGGUCACGAUCAAGUCUCUUGCCAAGCCCAUGUCAAUGAACUGAUCAAAACCAUCAUCAUCCAACAUGAGAACAUCUUCCCAGGACCGAGGGAGCUGGAGGGUCCAAUGUAUAGCAGAGGUGGAAGCACUGAGGAUUACUGUGAAAGCCCUCAUGGAGAAAGGGCCUCUGCAGAGGAUGCAGUGCAGGACGUGGCUGCGGAGCACCACACCAGCGAUGACGAGUGUGAGCCCAUAGAAGCAAUAGCGAAGUUCGACUACAUUGGCAGGACUGCACGAGAGCUGUCCUUUAAAAAAGGAGCUUCUCUCCUUCUCUAUCAACGAGCCUCAGAUGACUGGUGGGAGGGACGCCACAAUGGGAUUGACGGCCUUAUCCCUCAUCAGUACAUCGUUGUUCAGGACACUGAGGACGGUGUCUCUGAAAGAUCCAGUCCGAAGUCAGAGAUAGAAAUAAAUUCUGAGCCACCGGAGGAAAAAGUGACGGCCAGAGCUGGUGCCAGCUGCCCCAGCGGGGGCCACGUGGCAGACAUUUACCUUGCAAACAUCAACAAGCAAAGAAAGAAACCAGAGUCAGGCAGCAUCAGAAGAGCCUUCCGUCAAAGUGACAGCCAUGGACUAGGUAGCUCAAUGGCAGAACCAGCCUCCCCAGGAGCCAUAGCCGGUUCCAGACCCUCAUCUCAGCCCAUUAUGAGCCAAAGUCUUCCCAAGGAGGUUCCAGACAAAUGCUCCAUCAGUGGCCACGGCAGCCUCAAUUCUAUCAGCCGACACUCAUCUCUGAAGAACAGGAUAGACAGCCCUCAGAUCCGGAAAACUGUGACAGCAGGGAGGUCCAAGAGCUUCAACAACCACCGGCCCAUGGACCCCGAGGUGAUUGCACAGGACAUUGAAGCUACGAUGAACUCUGCUCUGAACGAGCUGCGGGAGCUGGAAAGGCAGAGCAGCGUCAAGCACACACCAGAUGUCGUCCUCGAUACUCUGGAGCCUUUGAAAACAUCCCCAGUGGUGGCUCCCACAUCCGAGCCUUCCAGCCCCCUGCACACCCAGAUCCUCAAGGACACUGAGCCAGCCUUCCAGCGCAGCGCCAGCACGGCCGGCGACAUCCCCUGCACCUUCAGGCCAGUGAAGUCAGUCAAAAUGGCCACGCAGGUCAAACCCCCCGCAACGCGGCCAAAGCCUGCAGUUUUCCCCAAAACCAACACCACAAGCCCUGGCGUUGCCUCCUCUGCAUCUCAGCAGCCUGCUGACAAGUCCUGUACUGUCUGAUAAACUCGAUGCUGCUCUGUGGGUCCAGCCGUGUUGUUUCAGAUGAAGAGACUGUGCUAAAGACGUUAGAAUUCCUAUUUAAUUGAAUCCUGAACUUGUGCUGAAGGUUUGUGGUGAACUGCUCCCUCCUGCUGGGAGCAGACUCAGUGCUAACAGCCUCAUCCUGGUGGUGUCCGUAAGGUGAAGCCCUUCGUGCCACGCGUGGGAAAUCCAAUAUCAGGUCACUGUGAAGCUGAGGAGGAAAACAAAACAGCACUGAGUUGGAUCUUGGUUUCUCACUGACGCCUUGCUCCAAGCGUUUGGCUGCUGGAGGGAAUAUUUGGCAGCGUCAUGUUUUGAGUACUGAUGUAGUGACUUUAUAUAUAAUUCCGUGUUUCGUCUAUGGCAGGGGAACAGUAGGGUAGGUUUUAGUCUAUUGCAUGUUUUGGUGCCACUCGUUUUGUGGAGCUUGGACGGGCUCCUCCUUGUGCAUUGUUACGACGUCGCCCGCUGGUGCCACUGUGGUUAAGGGUCUGUCUGGACUUCCAUGCCAUCCCUGGGUUUUGUUUGUUUGCUGACCCGUUCCUCCCCGCAGGGCUUUUGGUCAUCCAGCCUCAUCCUUUCGAUGACACAUCAUGAAAAAUAGUUUCCUCUGGGAUACUCGUAGGUUUUGUGGAAUGAUACGUGAUGUAUGUGCAGAUAUGAACAGAUAUGUUCCUGGGGUCUAGGAGCGUAACAAAGAGCCCAGUUGUUGCUUAUGGACAAUCUGGCUGUUUUUCUCCUUGGCUCUCCCAUAUUUAAAAACAGCUUCAUUGUUUUGCAGUGUACUUUUAGCCCAUGGGCUGCGAUGUGGCGUGUGGGAUGGGGAGACUGAAUGUAAAAACAAGCAAACUUCAGAAAUGCAGCAUCCUCUCACGGGGUCCCACUUUGUAAUGCACACAUUCUUGUUUUGCUCAUGUAUCAGGAUGGAUCCUUAACAGAAAUCCCAGUGACAAGCACUGUAAAACUUCGACCACAAGUUCUCAAGCUCUGUAUCUUCCCUCCCCCCUCCCCCCCAUUCCUCCAUUCCUCACUUCAGGGUGAGCUGCCCUGGGGUCUGCUCUCAUAGAGCAGCACUGCGUGGGACGGUGCCAUGGCAGCAUGCAGAUCCUGGAGUGCUCGUGUUGGAUGGCUGCCUCUGGAGGACUCCGGACAUUGGAAUGAACUUUUAGUACAUGUAUUUAUAGGGCAGGCAGCAAAUGCUUCAGCCGUCGGCGGGCUGCAUGAGCUCUGUUUGUGCUCUGCUGAGAAUUGUCCAUGAUGCUAAUUAACACUUAUUUAAUUUUUACUAAGGAAGGCACGUGUGCCACUCACAGCAGUGAGGAGGAGCUCGUGGUCCUGUGAGAGAGGAGAUGGACUGACCCUCACUCUGCGUUGUUCCCAGGCUUUUCUGGGGUUUAAAAAGUAGCUGCACAUCUGAUGUUUUCAUCAAGUAAAUGCAGGCAAGGGCAGGAUAAGAGAAGUUGUUUCCCUCUUCCAUUUUACCUUCUGGUUUUAAAUCUGUAGGCUUCUCACACUUAGCUUCCUUGUGACUGCGUUGUCCUGACGAUUGGCACUUAGCAAUUAAAGAAAGAAACAAGCAGAACUUCAUAAAGAAUGGUUUCUUAAAUGUACUUUGUCUUGGAUUGAAGGAUGUUACUCGGAGAAGUGAAGGGGUUUCACUGUGUCCAUCCCCACCUGUACAGAAGUCAUACAGCUGUAUUACGCCCUGCGGGAGGGAUCCCCCAGCGACCAGCCAACAUUGCUCUCAGGUUCUGAUGGACUUCUACCACCAAGGAAUCACUUGGUCUUUUGGGGAAUAAGAACUGAACUCGCAAUUUUUUUGCUCAGGCAGAACUUUCUGGCAUUUACUUUACGUAGGGAAUUUUUGCUUUUGUUUUGUUUGGUCGCAUAUGACCAAUUACUCUGUGUCAAGAGCAGGAUCUCUGUGAAAUUUACUUUGACUCAUUUGUAAUGCCUUAUUUUCUUUAUAUUUUUAUGCCUAGCAUUCAUGUUUCUAGGAACAAGUGUCCAGCCACGCACAGCACAUCUGGAGGAGAUGCUCUUUUCUGUCUCUGAGGUCUGAACGAGUGGAAAUUGAGAGAUAAAGACUUCAGGUGACUCUGUCUGUAUAUGAAUUACUGUGCUUAUCUCUAGCAUCCACAGCUCUGGGACAAUCCUACUCCAAGAGGAACAUGCUUAGCAGGAUAAACUGUAUACCGAGCAACUCAACUGGAAUUUUGGUGUGCACUGUGAUCGACACUUAAACCUACAGCAAGCAAUAUGGCAGACUGAAGAACUUCUCCUCCUCUGCGUGGCCUGGGCUCGUCCAGCCAGCAGGAAACGCACAGAUGUGGGGGGAACUCGAGGAGGAAAUCCGUCGCUCAGCUGCUUCGCUCCAUGAGCAUCCCAGGCUGAGCAUCGUUGCCAUCGUGGUUUACUGCCAUGGGGCACUGGGGAGGUGGGGAAGGAAAACUGGAGGUGUCCACACCGUCCUGCAGAGGCAGCGGGCGUCUGGUGCAGGAGGUGAUGGUGUGGGUGAGGAAGGCACGGUGGUUUGCCUGGGGAGGUGUCGCCCUGACUUCCUAUCUUCGUGUUCAGAAGAAAUAUUUGCUCUUCCAUGGAAAUUCUUUCAUGACUUUUAUGUAAUGUAUGGUGUCGGAUAUAAAGACAAGCAGUGUUUGAUAACUGGAAUAACGUAUGUCUGUUUGAUAGUGCUUUGUAUGAACAAAGGCUUCUUGUUCAUCAGAUGUUGGAUUCGAGUAAUCCAAAGCGAAACUUUUAAAAUAGGGUUUUAGGUGAGCAGUCUUAAUAGUUUGGGAAGCUGUAACCUCUCAUGUUUUAUUUCCCUUGUUGGGAACUGAGCAGUGUGCUUUCAUGGUUGCUAAAUUUCUGCCUCUCUGAGGCAAUCCAAAGGCUCUCAGUUAUCUCUUGUACGUGUUCUUCAUGUCAGAGAAGAACAUGGCCCAUGUUCUUCAGUGGGACGUGAACCAGCUCUCUCACUUGAUCUGUACUGGCUAUUUUCUUGCAAUGAUAGUGAUUAAAUAAUUAGAGUGCACUGUGACAGCAGAAAAAAAAAAAUCCGUGUUAUAUAUGUAUGUAUUUUGAUACCUGUUGAAAAGGAGUCUUUGGGUUUCCUGUGAUGAAUACCUCAUAUGUUGAAUUUUUUGGGUUUUUGUUGAAUUGUAUUUGUUUUUUUGUUCUUUUUUUUUUU